GCAGUUUUCGGCCCCUUCCAAGGAAGCUCGCUGCUCGGGCUGCUUCAGCCACUGUGACGGCUCCUCCCUAUGCGUCAUGCGCGUGCGCUGCCUAAUCUCGGCCUCUGCCCUCGGUAGCCAAAGGGUUGGAAGAAACGGGUCGGUGUGAAUCGGAAGGGGGAAGUGUUUGCGCAUGCGCCUCGAAAUUGCCUCCUUCUAUUCCCUAUAUCCGACCUGGUAAACAGGCGGCGGCGGGAUGGGGCUUGAAGGGGGGCGCGGAUAAGGCCGAGAAGCCGAGCUUAGCGCAGCCGUCCUGCAAAACGACGGGAGCCCCCCGCCCUCCCCUCAGGCAUAAUGGACAGGUAACAGGAUAUUCUUCUGGUGUGGUGUUGGAGAGUAAGAAUGACGGAGUGCUUCCUGCCUCCUACCAGCAGCCCCAGUGAGCACCGCAGAGUGGAGCAUGGUGGGAAUCUUGCGCGGACCCCAAGCUCUGAAGAAAUAAGCCCAACAAAAUUCCCUGGCUUAUAUCGAACUGGUGAGCCUUCUCCACCUCAUGACAGCCUGCACGAACCUCCUGAUAUUGUUUCUGAUGAUGAGAAAGAGCAUGGCAAGAAGAAAGGAAAAUUUAAGAAAAAAGAAAAACGAACGGAAGGUUAUGCAGCCUUCCAGGAAGACAGCUCUGGAGAUGAAGCUGAAAGUCCCUCCAAGUUAAAGCGCUCUAAAGGGAUCCAUGUUUUCAAGAAGCCAAGCUUCUCCAAAAAGAAGGAAAAGGAUUUUAAGAUAAAAGAAAAACCCAAAGAUGAGAAGCAUAAAGAAGACAAGCACAAGGAGGAAAAGCAUAAAGAAAAAAAAUCAAAAGACUUAACAGCAGCAGAUGUUGUCAAACAGUGGAAAGAGAAAAAGAAAAAGAAAAAGCCAACUCAAGAGGCAGAGAUGCCACAGGUGGAUAUUCCCAGGCAUCGACCUGUGUUUGGAAUCCCUUUGGCAGAUGCAGCAGAAAGGACCAUGUUGUACGAUGGCAUCCGCCUGCCUGCAGUUUUCCGGGAAUGCAUAGAUUAUGUAGAGAAAUACGGCAUGAAAUGUGAAGGCAUCUACAGAGUAUCAGGCAUUAAAUCGAAGGUGGAUGAGCUAAAAGCAGCAUACGAUCGAGAAGAAUCCCCCAAUCUGGAGGAGUAUGAGCCUAACACUGUAGCCAGUUUGUUGAAACAGUAUCUGCGGGAACUUCCCGAAAACUUGCUUACCAAAGAGCUGAUGCCUCGCUUUGAAGAUGCUUGUGGAAAGAGCCUGGAGACUGAGAAAGUGCAGGAGUGUCAGCGUCUCCUGAAAGACCUGCCAGAGUGCAACCUUCUCCUGAUUUCCUGGCUGAUUGUGCAUAUGGACCACGUCAUUGCAAAGGAGCUGGAAACAAAAAUGAACAUCCAGAACAUUUCCAUAGUGCUCAGUCCUACUGUUCAGAUCAGCAACCGUGUCCUGUAUGUGUUUUUUACUCAUGUUCAAGAGUUCUUUGGAAAUAUGACUCUAAAGCCGGUGACAAAACCUCUUCGUUGGUCUAAUAUGGCAACAAUGCCAGCAUUGCCAGAAACACAGGAAAGCAUCAAAGAAGAAAUUAGACGACAGGAGUUCCUUCUGAACUGUUUGCAUCGAGACCUGCAGGUGGGGAUCAAAGACUUAUCCAAAGAAGAGAGAUUAUGGGAGGUGCAAAGAAUUUUAACUGCUCUCAAAAGGAAGCUAAGAGAAGCUAAAAGACAAGAUUGUGAAACAAAGAUUGCACGAGAAAUUGCCAGCCUUUCAAAGGAGGAUGUUUCCAAAGAGGAAAUGAAUGAGAAUGAAGAAGUUAUUAAUAUUUUACUCGCUCAGGAGAAUGAGAUUUUGACAGAACAAGAAGAGCUGCUGGCAAUGGAGCAGUUUCUGCGCCGGCAAAUUGCCUCUGAGAAGGAGGAGAUAGAUCGCCUUCGAGAAGAAAUAGCAGAAAUUCAAAGUCGCCAACAUGGGCGAAGUGAAACUGAAGAAUACUCUUCUGAGAGUGAAAGUGAGAGUGAAGAUGAGGAAGAGUUACAAAUAAUCUUAGAAGAUUUGCAAAGGCAGAAUGAAGACCUGGAGAUUAAGAACAACCAUCUGAACCAAGCAAUUCAUGAGGAGCGUGAGGCCAUCAUUGAAUUGCGGGUGCAGCUCCGGCUCUUGCAGAUGCAGCGAGCAAAAUCGGAGCAGCAGGUGCAGGAAGAAGAAGAUCUCGAGAAGCGGGGAGGCACAUUGCCACAGCCGCCGCAGCUGCCAAAAGACAUUGUGCCCGAGACAAAAGCAGCAAAAGAGCAGCCAAAGGCAAUCAAGGAGCCAGUGAAGCCAUCGCCAAGCAAAGAGAGAAAGGAAACUCCAAUCUAAUUGGAUUCCUCAGGUAUUCAGGAUAUCACCUGGGCAAAAGCCAGGACUGUGCAACUUACUGUAAAUCUGAGGUUUGUCUAUUCUGUAAAUAAUGUUGUCUUUUACACCCUGGAGAUAUUUUGUCUCCUUCCUACUUGUGGUGUUCUGCCUGUCAGGCUCAGGUUACUUGGAAGCAGAAAGCAACUGGAGACGGAGCAAAAGGAGAGGGGAAGGGGUGCAGCACAGCAGUUACUUGGUCAUGUCAGAUACUUGCUUUGGGUGACCUUAAAUGACUUGGUGGAGGUCUAUUUUAAAUCAAAUUAGGUACUUGCUCUGGAGCAAUCUUAUAAAUUCUCUUGUGCAGUAUCUGCCUAAGGGCUAUUUCACAUGUGAUAUUUUACCUACAUGGGUGUAGGAAAAUCCCAUCUUUUUAUAAUGUCCAGGUGUCUGUCUUGCUGUGUGAACAUGUAUUGGGAAGCCAUAGUUAGCAGCAACACAAUAGAUAUGUUUGUGACCAUCACCCAUAAUGGUCUUCUUGCUUUCCUCCUACACCUGUGUAGGAAAAGUCUUGUGUGAAGUGGUCCUUAGGUGGGGAUAAGGGAGAUUCAACCCAUCCAUAAACCAUACAUUUACUUGCCUUGUGAAUUUCUUUGCUCUUAUUCACAGUAAUUUUUGCUUUUACUGACUCUUGCUUGUGCCUUUGGUACAGAUUAUAUAAAGAGGAGCUUUAAAAGAAAUUGUCCUGAAUAGCUGGAAAGUCUUCAACUGCAAACAUGAGUGUUACUUAAUAUGUUCCCCGUCUCUUGUGACAUUUUAAAAGCUGUAUACAAAUGUGUGUAAAACCAAGAUGAAGAGAUUGAUGAGCAUAUCUUGUAAAUGAAAAUUGUCCACUGCAAGCUGUUAAACCUUGGCAAUGCACUUAAUUAUAGGAUUGAUUAACUAGGGGAUGCCAUAUGGUGCUUGUAUUCUCACUGCUCAGUAUAUAGCAAACAGCCUCUUAAUGCAGACUAAGUUUUUUAAAAAGUUGAUUCCUAUGAUAGAUAAACCUGUAUGAAUAAUGCUUUGGUGAUUAAACAGCAGUCUACAAACUUUUGCUAGCCUUCAUAGCCAGCCCCAAAUUUGCAAUCACCAGGGUCCCACUUGCCCUGGUGGGAGGGUGAAUGCAGCCCUGUCCCUGAUCUCACCCUGCAGUAGCACCUCUGAAACUUGAGGAAAGGGACAAAGCCCCACUCCCCUCUCGUGCCCCAGUCUUGGGAAGGGAGCUGGAACUUCUCUUUGUGGGCUGCACUUCUGAGGUGCUAAGAAGGCACUCUUAGAAGAAGAGCCUGAACCCCUCCUCCCAAUCUGGGGCUGGGGACAGGAGAUCAUCCUCAGAGUUGUGCUGUGCUUCCGAGGCACACCUUGGAAGCACAGCAUGGUAUGGACAAGCCCCAGGCCUCUUCCAAAGCAUGGCUUGUGGGGUGGGGUUAUAUGUUACCCUGUGCUGCUGAAGCACUUGGAAUGUCUUUCAAAUGCAACAUGACACAGAUGAGCCCCUGCCCUGCUUUCAAGCUUGUUCUUGGUAGCAAGGUGGGGAAUUAUUCCCUAAGUUGCUCAGCACUCUCUGGGCCUUCCAAAUGCCUUGGAAGUGCUGUGAGACUGCUGGGAUGGUACCCUCCCCAUUCUCUCCAGGGGGGAGGUUGGGGUUUAUCAUGCUCUCCAGAAGAUGGUGUGACACUCAUCAUGGCAAGUGUAAUCACCAUGGACUCUGGUGAUUCCAGAGGGCAGCCUAUUUUGCUUGCUUAGACUAGACUUUAUUUUUCCAUAAGCAGGUAAUGUAUUUGCCCAUAGAAGCUCAAGCAUUUUCAAGGAGCUGGACUAAGUUGUUCUUGUGGAGAGAUUAAUCCAUCCCUGGUAUGAAAGUGAUCAAUCAUUUUGCUGCAGGAACUUUGCCACAUAUAAGUGAAGUUCUAUCUACAUGGGCUGCUCCCUUCAAUAGAGGCUACGUGCAGAGGAAUAUGCAGGUAUACGCAUUCCUUUGUACGUACCAAGCUGACCCACCCAUUGAAGUUAAUCAGACAGGCUAUGUACAUCUGAACGUAUGCAGGGUUUCCAUUCAGGGUGCUUUCUCUGUAGCAGCAGAAACUCUACUACUCAUUCUGGCUGAGAAUAUAGAGCGAAGAUGCACUGGUGCAGCAGGGAAGCAUCAGAUUUGAACUCCUUCCUGUCCCUUCCCUAGGAAUCUCUCUAUGUCCCUGAGGGGUGCACAACUGCACCAGUGCAGUCAGGAAGUUCUGCUAGGGUGCUCUCUCGCUCUGAGAGAGGGAGGCAUCCUUGCUCUAUAUGUCAUCCUCUGUCACCUGUUCUGUAAUACUGUACAGAGCAGCCCUAGGUAUGCAAAGGUGUGAUCAGUUGGGUACUAUUUGACGGGUUCAGCUGCCUUGUGCUUUAAUUUUUUUUUUAAGGGUCCUGUUUUUCUUUCAGAGGCACCUAUUUUUUAAUGCCCAGUUGAACUGCGUGGAACAUUUAUUUCAUUAAUGUUGAAGAGAACUCCACAGGGUGCUUGUAGCUAAUUUCAUCUCUAGUCUGCAUAUUUAUUUUUGGAUGUGGUUGUCUUUGCUUAUUGCACUGUUUUGAAUCAUUGGCCAUGAUUUAAUUUUUGUACAAAUAACGCUUUGAGAUAUGUUACAGAGAACAGCAUAUUUUUUUAAAUCUUGAAGAAAAUAAUUUAUGGGGACUGGUCAGAUGACAGGGGUGUGUGUGUGGGAGUGUGUGCGUGCGCAUAAAGCUUUUUACCUGGCCUGUUACAUACGUUUUAUAUUUUCUGGCAGUAUUUAAACUUUUUUUUUUGUUUUAAAUUCACACUAAUUUCUAUUAAGCUGUCAAACUUUUAUAUAAUCACUGUUCAUCAAAAAAAUUUCUUGCUACUGGUUACCUUCUAUUUUGUCAAGACCAUGUUAAGUAAAUAAAUUCAACAGCCAUCUGCAAA